AUGGCGGGAAAAUUGGGCCGGUCUGGGGCAAGGUUCAAGGGAUAUACGAUAUGCAGGCAUGCGCACUUUGCCUGCUCACCGACUGCCACAGCCGGGUUGCUUGUCUCUGAGGCAGAGGUUAAGAUGGGGCUUGCAGGUCGCCAUUUGGGAACCAAGGUCGGCCUCACUCUUCCUGGGCUGAGAUGUUGGCUGCGGCUGCGGCUCUUAGCCGCUAAUUUUGCGGCUUUCUACUUUCCUGGACUGGUUCCCAUCACGUACUGUGAGGAGGGCUCUCCCAACUCUUACUACAAAUCAUCAAUACAAGUCUAUGCUGAUAAACUGUACUCAAUGGAAACUGUGAUGACCUAUGACUAUGAUAGGUUUGACUUCUGUCAAGAUUCUUUGAAGAAAACACCCUCUGAGACUCUUGGACAAAUUUUAUUUGGAGAACAAGUAACAAUAUGUCCCUACAAGGGAGGGAUGGAAAAAGAUAACCUCAUGUUCACAGAGGAAUCUGUUAAAAUAUUAGCAGUAUCUGAGGUUAUUGAUAACAUGCAAGUAAUAUGGUGUUAUGACAGGGAAGGUGGAGAACACUAUUGUACAUCGGGAUUUCUAAUAGGAUGUUUUAAUACCCCAAGUGGCCAAUUAAAGGCGAUAAAUUUAGUGAAUUUGCCUACGUUCAGCAAAAACAAUACUUUGUACCUCUUCAAUCAUGUUGAUAUUACUAUUACAUAUUACAUAGAAAGGGACACAACCAGAGAUGUUGUAAAAUUGAUUAGUUCCAGAGUUGAUCCCAAAAGCUAUAAGCAUUCAGAGGAGGACCACUUAACUUGCAACGAGCCCCCUUUGGAAAUUUCCGAAGAAAAUGCAGAUAAUUUAAAUGUGGUCUACACAUAUUCUGUAAAAUUUGAGGCAAAUGUAUUCAGACUUCCAGAGCAGAGAAUGCUGCUGUCAGUAUUUCUCGGGCAAGGAACACAAGUUUUCAUAAUGACAUUUUGUUCUUUAUUUCUGGCUGGCCUUGGUUCUUUUACUCCUGAGGAUCCGACUGCUUUAGUGCACUAUGCUGUUGCACUGUGGCUCUUACUGGAAAUCCCUGAUGGAUAUAUGUCUGCCAAAAUGUACAAGACAUUUAAAGGUGUAAACUGGAAGAUGCAUUUUUUACUGACAGUAUUGUUAUUUCUCGGAAUUGUCUUCGCUGAUAUCUUUACUAUGAAUCUAAUUCUUUGGAUGGAAGGUUCCUCAGCUGCUGUCUCCUUUGGUACAUUGGCAAGUUUCAUUGCAUUGUGCUUUGGAGUUGCAGCACCACUAACAUUUUUGGGAAUGUACUUUGGGAAAAAGGAAGAGUUGGACUUACCAGUUCACAAACAAGAGAGUUCUCCUGUGAGUCCCAAAAGGAUAUUCUUUACAAAACGAACUACUACAGUUAUACUUGGUAGUCUUUUACCUUUUGGAUGUUUUUUUCUGCAAGUUUCUUACAUUCUAAAUCAUAGCUGCUACCUGUUUGCCGUCCUUCUCUUAGUCUUUCUAAUUUUUAUUAUUUCCUGUUCAGAAGUUACAGUUCUGCUGUGCUAUUUUCGGCUAUGUGCUGAGGAUUGUGGCUGGUGGUGGAGAACCUUUUUGACCAGCAGUUUUAUAUCUGUUUAUAUUUUUAUAUAUGCACUUCAUUACUUCUUUACCAAACUUCAAGUCACCAGCAUUGGCAGUACAAUUAUGUACUUCGGGUGUAAAUUGGUCCUAGCGCUAGUUUUAUUCCUUUUCACAGGGACAACUGGAUUUUUUUCUUCCUUCUGCUUUAUUACUACAGAUUUGUCCCUUCACAAGCUCCAGCAGUUCAAGGAUGGGGUAGAUGCCAACCCAAAGCCCUGGAUCUGA